UAACUGUGUCGAUAUUUUGUGGGAUAGGCACAGGGGCUGUUUAUACUAUGUGCUUUUUAGUUUCUCAAUGUCUACUUAUGCCAUAAUUUCUUUUACGGUUUUCCACACGUACAGUAUUUUGUAGAUUCUCUCUAAUCUCUGACAUGACUCUAGAAGAUCCAUUUUACGUCGUCAAGGAUGAGGUGUUUCGAGCGCUAAACAAAACGAGAGGGUUGUAUCUUCGCUGGCAGGAGAUAGCGAAGUCCCCUGCAGUACCCAACAGUCCUGAGGUAGAAUGGACGUCGACAGAACUGAGGAAUGCACUACGCAGCAUUGAAUGGGAUUUGGAAGACUUGGAAGAUACUAUAAGUAUAGUCGAGAAGAAUUCAUCUAAGUUUAAAGUAGACAACCGAGAAAUAAGCGAUAGAAGAUCAUUCAUUGAAGCUACCAAACAGGAAGUCAAGGUUAUGAAAGGUAAAAUGAGUCUCAAUAGGAACAGAGAUAACGAUGGCACGGCUCGAGAGCCGUUACUGGGUGACGAGAGCCCCGUGCACUUCGGUAACACUUGGACGGCCACGCCCAAAUACUCCAAGUAUUCCAAACUGGCGAACCAAACCGACAGUCCGAACCGAUCGUACGACAACGACAUAAUGUCGAUGCAGGAAAAAAUGCUGAUGAGUCAGGACGACCAGCUUCAUGUUAUAAGCAACUCCGUGGGCUCCCUGAAGACCGUGUCCAAACAGAUCGGUAUUGAGCUUGAUGAACAGGCUGUGAUGUUGGAUGAUUUGAAUACGGAGCUAGAAAAUGCCGAUUCCAAACUAGAUUCAACAUUAAAGAAAGUCGCCAAAGUGCUGCAUAUGAAUAACGACCGCCGGCAGUGGAUGGCGAUUCUGAUUCUCAUCGGUCUACUAGGUCUUUUAAUUAUUCUAUUUAUUGCGAUUUAAAACGUGU